AUGUCCUCCAAACGGGUUGCGUUCCAAGUUGAAGGCACUGUACAAGGUAAACACUUCAACACUUUCAACCCACCGGGCCAACUCUAUCACUAUGCAUGCUCUGAAUAUCAGAAUAGCUCUCUUACUGACUCAUCGCUAGGUGUCGGCUUCCGUGCUUUUGCUCAGAAAUGUGCUAGAGGCUUCGGGCUAAUCGGCUGGACCAAGAACACCAUCCAUGGAAAAGUCGAAGGUGAAGUCCAGGGCGAUGCAGAGACGAUUGAGAAAUUCAUGCAGCAGAUCGAGAAAGGACCUUCAAUGGCACAUGUUAUCAAGUUAGAGACGCGUGAGAUGGAACCUCUGGAGGGUGAAUCUCAUUUCGCGGUUAGGAAGACGUGA